UUUUUUGAACAAAUUUCGCAAAAAAAUCUUUCGCGAAUCGAAGAAAAAGGCUAUUCUCGGGUUAAAAACUUUCGCGUGUUUUAAGUCGGCUAUGAUUUCGCGUGAAAAACUUGUGAUUUGUUGAGACAAAAAUUGAUUUCGCGUGAAAAACUUGUGAUUUGUUGAGACAAAAACUUUCGCGAAAAAGGUCCAAAAAUGCGAAAAAUGCAAAAGUUUUUGCCCGCGAAAAAUUUCUGCCCGCGUAAGUAGUGAGGCGUUAUUUUUUACCCCUUACCCUUUUCAACGAUUCAUAUCAAUACAAAAAACAUGCACUUCAAAAAUAAUACUAUUAAAAACUCAUACACAAACCGGUUUGCAUGAAUUUCACCUUAAUCAGGGACAGGAAAAAAUGUAAAUAGAAGGUUUAAGAUCGAUGUUGAAAUACAUUCAAUCUCGAAUCUGCGGUGCCUUUUUAUGUCUUUUCACCGCACAAAUGCAUAAUUUUGUAUAUAUGUUACGAAUAUUGUGAUAAAUUCUGACAGUAUGUAUAUAAACCGGUUAUCAUGCAUAAUAACAAUACCUCAACCCAACCCUUAUACAUAAUACCCGCAGAAUAUACAUAACUUUCAAUUGAUCACAUUCUCUCUAUGUAUUUUUCUUUAUAGGUUUUAGUACAUAAACCGAAAUGGUGUUAAAAGAAUUUUUAUAUGCUUCCAUGUUAAUCCUAGUAUUACAAUACUGCCAUGGUAAUUCUCUGAGCAUAAUUAUUCCAGCCAAUAGGCAGGACUGUCUAUAUAUGGAAAAAGAACAUGGUGACCGAAUGUUUGUUGACGUGCAGAUAACAGAGGGUCGUAAAAUUGGUAUAAGACUUAUCGGUCCCCGACAAGAGAUUAUCCACAACGAAGAAAAAGUAGACGGUCUACGACUAAACGAAAAAGUAUCGGCCCCGGGAGAGUAUGCAUUUUGCUUCUUAAAUACACAUUCUUAUACGGAACCGGUCACGGUACAUUUUGAAUAUGACAUGCAUGAGGAAGAUGGCGGUCAUGAAGCUAGGCUGGAUAAACAAAUCAAAGCUGAAAAGAGAAAGUUUGUCUUAAAACAGAUGGAGAAAAUGAAACCGAAGAAUCAAAUAGAAAGAGCUGCGCAUGCGUACGAGACACAAAAGGACGACAUCGAUAACAGCACAAUGGGUGCUAUACAGGAAACGCUAACGCUGUUGUCACUCAACCUCGACACCAUUGAUACGCACAUGCGCAGAAGCACUGCUAAAAUGGCGUUCUCACACUACCUGCAAAAACAAAACAAUUCUUGGGUAGCCUACUUUUCAUUUGCAACUUGUCUAUUGAUAAUAGCAAUGGGAUGUAUACAAGUUAUUGUGCUGAAGGGAUUAUUCAAUGGGAAAAUGUCAUUGAAGAUAUGGCAAUUUUGAGAUUAAAAACAACUGUUUUUACGAAUGUGUUUAAGAUACGCGUAAAAUUAAUUUCUGUAAGGUGUCGGAGAAACUUAUCUUGAUUGAUAUUGUCAUUUAUAUUUUAUAAUAUAUAGUCCAAUAUUUUAUAUUAGUUUUUAUGAAAAAACGAGUUUUUGUAUUACUAGCUUUGAAACAGAAAAAAUAACAAGAAUAAGAAACAAUGUGGUAAAAACAAAUCUAGUCUCUAGACCUUCUUUUUUCGUAGCUGACACGGAAGAAAUUACUUUUGCGACAGAAAUUUAUCAGGGGAUGUAGAGUAACACAAUUUUGCAGAGACUGAAUUAGUCCCCGACUAAGUACCGACAUUAUGGUUGAAUGGUUGGUUUGGGAACAUGUUUAACCGUAUUCGAAACUGUUGCCAUGGAGGAUUAUUUGUAAAGCCCUUAAAAA